AAUCGACACAAAAGGUUAUCGUCUACAUUAGUCAUUUGACGUUGACCGGUCGUUGUGCACAAACCUAUGUAAAAUGACACCCCGUCUUUUAAUAUCUAUAUUAUGAAACCAUGCGGCUUUUGUUUCUAGUUUUGUUUCUGUGUUUUGUGCUUUGUGAGAGCUUCGAUAUGAUAAUCGGUGACACAGUUCAUAGAAAAAUGGUCUUCCACCAGAGGGUCAAGGAUUUUGCGAUACCAUUUAAAAAGAGAAUUAAAGUCCUGACGUAUAAAGAUCCAGAGAAUAGAAUCAUUAAGGGAGUUGCUGCAAUAGAUAAUGAUUUCUCACAUGCUAGCGCAAACAUUACCGACGGUGGAGUUGGAUUUUCUUACGUCACAGUGAGGAUGAAGAGCCAAAGACAUCACCCGCUUAACUUUGAAGUUGAGAUUUACGUCUGAAUAGGAUAAUAAAUAAGUAGAAUAAAGAUUUAUAUUUUCAUGAAAAAAAGAAGUACUCAAAAUUAAAGCGAUCAUAAAAGUUGAUUGCAUUUCAAUGAACCAUUAUGUAAUCGGAUAUUAAUUUAAGAUAAAAAAAAUUUUGGCUAUGAAAAAAGCAUUCAAUUUUAUUACAAAUAUAUAAAAUAGAUUUAUUAAAAAAAAAUCUUUUUCGAAAAUAAUUCCGGUUAAUAGUUUAGCUUAUGUAAUCAUAUAAUCAAUUUUAUUAUUUAAAAUCGCAGCUUUCCUAUUUAUUGAUCAAGAAUCAGAGGGUGUAACAGAACAGUUACUCAUUAACACUUUUGAUUACUCAGAAGUGAGAAGUACUAAUGAUAAGAAGGUUUACAUUUUUGAUGUCUAUAAAAUUUCGUUUACAUCUACGUCUCAAGCGUCACGUUCACUAUUGAGGAGAUGUAAUACUAUUAUCGUAAAAGUAUAUUUGCCCGAUUAUGGAAUACAAAAUAUCUGUAAUAUAUUUCAUUUAAAGAUUAUUGAAAAGAGUCCCCGUUGCUUAAGUUGAAAUUCAUUAUUAUGUUAUUGUAUAGACUAUUGUUAGACUAAGUUAUCUUUAAGACAACUAUUUCUGUUCUUGCACAAUAUGUUCUUUCAUAUCUUUGUUAAAUAUUUUCUUGUAUAUAAUUAAUGUUAAGGGUAGUAUGUUAAUAUUUUUUAUUAUUGUUUGGGCUUCAUACUAAAAUAGGACAAGUUAUUAUGCAAAAUAGUAUAAAUAAAUUCAUUCUCCCUCGCUAAUAUUGGACAACAUAUAUAUAUGUUUUCAGUUAUACGCCAGUUUAUAUAAAGCUCAUUAGCGCUACAUAUUAUGUAUAAUCUGGUCAGCGGGCUGUGGUAUCAAAUCUAAAGCAACGUUUCACAUAAGGAUCGUAUGUAUAUUUGAGCACAUGUUGUUUAAAUGGCUAACCGCAGGAGGGAAACAUUCUAUUCCAUUGUUGCAUUGUUUUCAUUUUAAUAUGUACAUAUUUUUAAAACCCAGGUUAAAAUACAUUUUUUUUUAUUGUAUAGCUUCCAUUAGCUUCAUAUAAUAUAAGCAAUAUAUCUUCAAAGUCGGUGUUAUAUUUCGACGUUUACAACUAUGCUGUCAUUAUUUUUUUAUGACAAUGACAUAGUUAUAGAAUUUUAUAUGACACAUUAAUUAGUUCUUGUUAUUCAACUCAAUCAAUGCGAUGACUGUCACCAGGGAUUUUGCAAGUGAAGUGCAUUCUAAAUUGGACAGUAAUACUUUAUCAUAGCUCAUUAAAUAGCAUAUCUGUCAAGUAACUAAACCAAAACAUAUUAAUAGUAAAUAUAUUGUUAGUAGCGAUUCUGAUGAUUCAGCUCAAUUGUAGAGAUGGACUAUGAAGUUUGAAUUUAUGAAUAGAUUUUGUUUGUAAAGUUUCUAUUUUUGUAAUAUCAGCAUAUGUAUAUGUAUAGUACUGUUUAUAAUUAUUAUUAGGCCAUAAAGCAUUUUAUUAUAUAGUAACAGUGUACUGUGUGCAUAUGAAUAAAUAUAGUAUUUCAAUGACA